GAAGUGUGACCGCGUGGUACCUUCCCAGUACGAGGCUUCUCAGAAGCUGACUAGAGAUGCAGCAGGCUAGAGCGGAGUCUCUGCCUUGCUCCCCUGCCACCCAAGGUAUCCCGGCUUUUUCCUUCCCAGCUCUGUCCUUCAAACUUUUGUCAGCUCUGACUCCUGCCUUUGGGUCUGCAUUCUUCUCCUCCCUCAUUUUACCAAGUUCCCAAACAAUCAGACAGUCUGCACCUCUUUAUUUCUCUCUUCUCUGUAUUUCAUUUGUAAUCAGGGGUGUGCUUGGUUGCAUCCCAGCUACUUCAGACUCAUGCCGCUAAUGGCGGUUCUUCAUAAGGGCUUGUUUGAAGGGAUCACGCAUAAACCCGAACCUUCCAUUUUUAAGUCAAACAAGGGUCAGGGGCUUGGAUUUGGCUAAUUCGUUUUUAAAAACUUGAGCAAUUGUAUUCCAUGUGUGUUUCUGUGAAAUUCUUCUGAAAACCCAAGGUACCAGAAGAACUCUGAAUCUUCUAUUCUCCACGGGGACAGGAAACUGACGUUCUGAUUUUCAUGUCAUAGCUAAUAACCUUAGCAGCUGUUAUCACUAACAUCGUACUUGGACCCCACGGUAGAAUAAUCGGCCACUGAUACACAGUUGAUGCUUCCGUUGUAGUCAGUUGUUUAGCAAUUCCCAAGGUACAGAGCCAUCUUCUGGUGUCUUGGGUCAAUUCAUAGGUCAGUUAAAGUAUCAUGUUGUUGAAAUGGACAAAAAUGUUAUAAAAGUCAUAAAAAUUACAGGUGUCAAAGGAAUGCUCUCCUAGACAUUCUGGUUGGUUUAGUUUUUUGUUUGUUCGUUUGGAAUUGAGUCACCUCGUUCUUUAUAAGAAGAGGGUCUGCCUUGCCUUCUGCAGUCCUCCUGUAUGUAAGCACCACAGUAUUUGAUUGCUUUUGACCAGUUGUACAUCCUAAACCAGAAAGGAAGGCUUUUGGCUAGGUAUUUGACAGUCAAAAGAAUAAGCGUUUAUGCUGUAGCCAGAUGUGAGAAAGAUCAUCUGGCUGCCGACUGGGUCAAACAUUCCUGAGGGCGUAGCACACCUUCGAGCUUUGUAUCCAGAGUGAGGAGUCCUGACAGCUGUGUGUGAGUGGAUAGCAGGCUCAUAGACACCGGUCGGUCAUUUGCUCACCUUCUCUUCAGUGAGUUACUUUUCAAAGGAACUCUCAGGUGGCCAUUAGUCCUCUUUGAAAAUACAUAGUCUUGGUAGAGAGCGCUUACUUGUAGAGAGCGCUUACUUUACCGAUUUCUGUUCUUGUGCUUAUCGGCGCAGCAGGAGCCAAAGUGGAGACCAUUGCAUACUGGAACAACUAGGAUCGUGCAUUUGGGUGUUUUUUAUUUUGGUGUUGUUUGUGGUGGUGCUUGACACAAGGACCCAGGCAUGCUGGGCACGUGCGUCACCACUGUGGCGCAUCCGAGCCCUGUGGUGUGUUUUUUGAGGUUAGAUCUUACUGAUGCAAGUUUUCCGUCUAUUUCUUUAAAAUAAAUUCAGUCGCUUCGUGUGUGUGAGAGAACGUGAUUUGGAUUCUCAAUGGCGGAACUGUGCGAGCUCUUUGCAUCUCGUCUUCUGUCCUCUGAGAAAUGAAGAUACGACAGGGACCACGGCACACGUGCACAUGCGCCAGCCAGUGUGUACCAUAAUUGGCACAACGCUGGAAACAUGCAAGGGCUUAAUGAGUGUUUACUCUUGAUUUGUUUAAAGCAACAUGCACUUUGCAGAUGCAGCUAAUUACAUGGCUUCUAUUCCAAGGCACUGGGAAUGCAGGGGAGAGUCUACCAGCUUCAAGGAUCACGGGGAGGUGAGGGUAAGAAACCCUUGCCAGUUCUGAUGAGUUCAGUCCACCUGCAGGGCAGAAAGAGCUCCUCACAGCCCCACCCCCACUCGCAUCCCCACCAAAGAGCACAGUGUAAGUUAGAUGGCAUCCUGUGGGUGCCUCCCUCUAGGCAGUCAGGGUCUCCAUGUGUCUCAGUAGUUAGGGGCGGGGUGUCUUUGAGCCUGACCCCUUUUGGAGUAAGUCGUAUAUAAGGAACAAGUUUGCAGCCUAAAGGUUCUGUUUCUUCCCAUUGGUCCCCUGAGCUUUCAUGCCCUGAAAGAAGGAGCUUUUGUGUUUCCAAUAUAUAUUUAACUUUCCUUUGCCUUUGAUUCUCUCUCUCUCUUUUUUUUCCUUAACAGCAAUUUACAAGAGCAAAUUCAAUUUGUAAUGCUGCAAAGGAAAGGGGUUUUUCACUUUGUAUGAAUAAAACAUUAACAGUGUUUCAUUUUGCCGGGGAAAACAAGGCCAUUUCGCAUUCUCUUUGGUAACGGUCCUCGCUGAGAAAAUGGCAUCUCUUGGGGGUGUUUCUUGAUGUGGUUAAAAUGAGUAAGGAAAGUGUGUAUGCCAGAAGGGCACAGACCUUCCCCAUAGAGCACUGCACCCCACUGAGCCGGGAAACUUCAGUUUCUGCAAAUGUUUUGGGUCCAGUGUUUUUCUUACAGCUUUCAAGUGAGUUCAGUGUCUUUGUAGCUUCUUGGGUAGUCCCUUUACUCUGGACGAAGAGGUCUCCUGGGGGAGAUGGAUGAUGAUGUCCCUCCCACUGUCUUCUCUGGCUGGGUCCCAAAAGCCUUUUGAGCAGGGUAAGGCGUGGGAGUUGCCUCUAAUGUUGGCUCUGUGGGGUUUGCUUAUAGGGUCUCAGUUCUGACUGCAGCUUCUUCCCGGCUUAAGGAGGGGGCUGCCUUCUUCGUUAGGGACCUGCUUGCUUUACUGCCUGGAAAAGCGGGGCUGCCUCCUCCUCCUCCUUGGCCACAUCACAUUUUGACUCCUUUAAUCACAGUGAGACAAACAUGGAGACCCUCCUUCUCCCAGAGACCAAGUCUGGUAAGGAAGCUUUGUGUAUUCCCCAAAGUAGUGAUGUGCAAUGUCCUCGUCACUGUGUGGAAGAAGGCGUCCUCAGGCGUAUUGAUGGCACUAAGAGAGAUGACCCUUCUCAUUGGGUCUCCAUGAGCCUGCCAGACCACCGUUCCAACAAUAGGUAGAAGGGGUGUGGCCUCCCUGUUUCAAAGGCCUAUGUAGACUUUAAACUCAGCAUUUUUACACAAUGGGAAGCAGCUUUCCCUUAUUCCAAAUAGAAGUAUCAAACAUUUGUGAACCCAUCUCUCAACCUCAGGGAACUUUUAGCAGAGACUUCCCGCUUUUUCCCAAUGGCAGAUAUGAUCCCAUCUUCUAGGACAGGGUGCCGAGAUCCUGUAUCCAUUGGCCAAAGGCAGUUGAGCCUGGUGAUCCCUGCUGUCUCCUGUGAGGGAAAGGGACAGAUGGGACCAUCAGAGUUUCAGAUCUCAUUAAUGGGAAGCUGUCAUGUUGGUGUAGCUUGUAAGAUAUCCAGAGUGUAACGUCUCAAGCAGUGGCUCUAAGCCACUGUGGGUAGCGACCCCUUUGGCAAACCCCCAUCUCCACAAAUAUUUAUGUAACGAUUCCUAACAGUAGCAAAAUUACAGUUAUGAAGCAGCAAAAUGAAAUAAUUUUACAGUUUGGGGGUUCCUGCAACAUGGGGAACUGUAUUAAAGGGUCGCAGCAUCAGGAAGGUUGAGAAGCUCUGGUCUAGAGUCAACCUGGGAAACUGUUAAACCAGGUGACAGAUCCUUUUCACACCCUGACCCCUCCCUCUCUGAGGCUUUGGAUUGCAAUACUCUCUGUGUUACUCAGCUUUGUGUGAUAAAAUGUCUUAGAUAAUUAAUUUUUUAUAAAGGAAAGGGUACCAUGGUCCACGAUCAGCUGGCACCAUGGCCCUUAGGACUACGGCAGGGUGGCCCUACAUCUAGAGGGAGCUGUUUCCCUCACCAUGGCUGGGAAACCAAAGGGGGGAAGUGUCCCCAUCAGAGUCACGUUCCCAGGGCACCUUUAUAUAGCCCCUACCUCUUAAAGGCCCAUCUCUCCCCAGCAGUUCUAGGGGUAGAGGACCAAGCCUUUGCGUGGACUGUGGAGGUGUGGGAUGUGUCUCAUCCCCGUCAUGUGAAGCUCACUUUGGGAGAGCUACUCGGGGCAGUAGGCCCAUCUGUUCACGUUAGCGGCAACACUAAACUGCUGGGGUUUGUUUAUUAAGAAAAAUGUGCCUGCAUCCAACGAGUAAUGAUUGUAGGUAGAGCCGCAUUGGGCCCUCUCUCAUGAAGAUAAAAGUUCCCCAUAAUUAAGAGUCGCCGUCAUGUGUAUGGAGGCUUCUUAGCGGCUGGUCCUGCGUUCUUACUCAGGUUGAAUGUGUACCCUGUGAAACCGUGAGUGCGGAUGUGGUUUGCACAGCACACCUCCCUAGAUAUCCCUUCUCUAGCUGUAGUGGUGACUGAUUGUAGGGUCUUCGCUUGUCACAAGCAUUCCCCAACUGUCGGAUGAUUAUCUUUGGCUUCCUUGUUCUCUCUGGCUUUGAUCCCAGGAAAUCUUUGUCCCCUGAGUGUAGAGUAAAGGAUUGUGCCUGGUGUCCCCUUCCCUCCCAGGUCACCUGCAGUGGGUUUUGUGAGGGACUUUGGUUCACGUUGCUUUCAAAGGCUUUUUGCCACACAUAGCACAUCUUCCGGUUUCCAGUUUUGCUGUUUUGUUUUCUUUUUCAAACACUGCUCAUUUCUGGUUGGACCUUGAUAGUACUAGAAUUAUUUAGUUAGGAAGAGAAAAUAAAAUGAAUUCCAGCUGCCCCCCCCCACCAUCCCCUCAUUCCUUUGCAGUACUUGAUACUGAACCCAGGGCCCCACCAUGCUAUGCACCUUACCCCUGAGCCAUGUCCCCAGCCCUCGCUCCACUUUUUACUGCAGGACUUGCGUCUCUUCACUGCUCAGUCUGGCCUUAAGCUUGCCCUUCAACCCCUGACUAAACCGUAUUGAGCUCUACUACAUUGGUCUCACAGUCUGGUAUAUUGGGGGAGGGGUGUAGCCUGCUCUCACUGUAACAAAAUGCUGAGAAUAAUUCCUUUUUAAAAACAGAAUUAUUUUGACUCAGUUCAGCUCCACAAAACUCCUCCAGAUAUCUCUAUUUCAGUAUCCCCCAACCUCUUUUCUGGGUUCCCCGAACCAUAAAGAUCAGAGCCCUGUCCUGGGAUGUCUGCCCUCAUGGGAGUUUAAUGUUCUCUUCAUGGCCUUUGAGUUACCAGCUGCAAUUCUUCCUUCUCCCUGUUCAAAGGACUGCUGCUGUUUUGGCUUUCUGGAUGGUCCUGCCUGCACUUAAAAACGAACUGGCAGGAUGGACGCAGACAGGCACCUGGGGUCUCUACGGCAGGCACCUCCACAUUGGCAGGUUUCCUCCAGAGGAAUCAGUGGCAGGUUCACAGGUCAGCCCUCACUAACCAGGAAACCCCUUGCUCCCGCGGAGGUCACACAGUGGCGAUUCCUUGGCAGGGACUAGAGAAGCAAGGGUCUUUUAGAUCUUCACAGUCUUUGUCCAAAUUAUCAGCUAUGCCUAAGCAACAGUUGUCUUAUGGAAACCCCCGACAGUUGGGGAUGCUAUGUUCCCUGCCUGUGGAUCCUGUUCCCCUAACCCAUCUGCCUUGUCUGGCCUCAGUGGGAGAGGAUGGGCCUAGUGCUACAGUGACUUGAGGUGCCAGGGUUGGGUGAUACCCAGGGAGGACAUUGUCCUCCUCAUUAGUGAAGAGGGUGUUGGGGAGGAGCUGUGUGAGAGGAGGCCUGGAAGAGAGGGUAGCUGCAAUAGGGAUGUAAUAUAAAUAAAUAAGUAUAAAUACAUGGGAAAAAAGAAAUAAAAUACAAUAAAGCUACACACUGAGGAAAAAUGAGUUAGCACAGACUAACGUGGGCAGCUGCUUGUACAGUCUUGUCAUGUCGUGGGCAGGGAGGGGCCAUGCAGCUUUCCAUGACUGUGACAAAACACCCGAGACAAUGGCCUUUAAAAAGAGGAAAGAUUUGCUCUAGCCUGUGACUAUUUGGGUCCGUUGCCUUUACAUCUUAGUUAUGCAUUCAUGGUGGGAAUAUGUGGCCAGGAAGCAAAGAGGGUAACCAGGAGCCAGGGUCUUCAUAUCCCCGGAAGAGCGUGUCCCCAGUGACCUUUCUUCCUCCCACUAGACCCCACUCUUAAAGGUUCCACCACCUCCCACUGCUGCCCAGGGUGGAGUCCGAGCCCUUAGCACAUGAGCCUUUGGAAGACAUUUUAUGUUCAAAUUACAACACAGGGCACUUGAGAGAGCUGCUUUAAGUGAGUGACUGUGGCUACUCUUCUAUUUAGCUAUACCAUACUGUGUCUCAGUGUGCAUAUUGGGAGUGGGGUUUCAGUUAGCUUUCAAUCACUAUGACAAAAUGUCUUGAAAUAAUCACCUUUAAUAGAUGGAAGGUUGCUUUAACCCAUGAUCACUUAUUUCCAUUGCUUUCAGCCCUCACUUGUGCUGUGGCUGUGAUGGUUUGUAGAUGCUUGGCCCAGGAUUCCCUGGCACUGUUGGGAGGUGUGGCCUUGUUGGACUAGGUGUGUCACUGUGGGUGUGGGCGUUAAGGCCACAUCCUAGCUGCCUAGAAGUGAGUCUUCUUCUAGCUGCCUUUUGAACAAAAGGUGGGACUCUCAGCUCCUCCAAUCCUAUGCCUGCCUGGACACUGCCAUGCUCCCACCUUGAUGAUAAUGGACUGAACCUCUGAACCUGUAAGACAGCCCCAAUUAAACAUUGUCCUUAUAAGAGUUGCCUUGGUCAUGGUGUCUGUUCACAGCAGUAAAACCCAAACUAAGCAACACUUGGGCCAAGGAGACUUCCUUUAUAAAUAGGUAGGAUUGGUCGAUAAAAGUAGGUAUUUCUGCCUGAGAUGACAAGGAGUUAGUAGUAAUGAGACAGUUGCUUGUUUGUUUGCUUGCUUGAUUUUUUAAAGAUUUUUUUAAAAUUAUGUCUAUGGGGUGCGUGGUCGGGUAUGUGCACAUGUGUGCAGUGCCUGUGAAGGCCAGAAGCAUCGGAUCUCCUGGAGCUGGAGCUCCAGGCAGUUGUGAGUCAUGUGAUGUAGGUACCGGGAUCUACCUCAGCUCCUUUGCAAGUGCAGCACGCACUUAGAACCACUGAGCCAACCGGCCCCUCCCCAUCCUCCCCCACUUUAGCUUUUUUAGCUAAUCUGAAAGUUCCCUAUAUUUUUGCUUCCCCAUCGUUGCUUUUUUUUUUAAGAUGUGAUUUACUGGGUCUCUGUAUGGGAGAUUGUUUCCGAGAUUGAAUCCAAUCGAGGAUUCUGUGAGCCAGGCAGUCAUGAAAGAUUGAUGGACCCCAAGCUCUGCUGAUGAAAGUUUAAUCUGGGGUAUCUGCCACCAUGCCUCAGGGAGAGAAGUCUUUGGAGAAAGAAUAAUAAUUCUCUCCCUGUGCCACAGGACUGUCGUGACCUCUAGAGUUAAUUUCUUUUUAAUACAACCUCAGGGUAAGCAGGGGCAUCGGGAUAUACCUGACCAUCCUGCCGACUUACAUUGUAGUGGCCUCCUUGCCGCCUAUCAAUCACGACGAGGUGUUCACUGAAGUUAGAGCAUAGAAUAACCUUUAAAGAAAGACACUGUAAGUGACUGCCCAGAAACGUCCCCUCAGGGAAUUCAGGUGGGCACUUUCAGUCGGGCAGUCACCGUGAAACUGUCACUAAUAGUGACUAUAGCAGCCAAAUCCCUCAUGCAUCUCAGUGGUUCUGGCUCUGCUGACUGCUCUGUUUCUUGUUUCAGCACCAGACAGGGGCUUGCCCUGCUGUCUGUAGAUGAUGCAAAAAAGUUCAGGGAUCCCUGAAAAACAUCCAUCUUUUGAGUCCUGAGUCCUGAGCCAAGUGAUAAGUUGGUCUUUGGGGAUGCAAAGGGGAGGAGAUGUUCUUGACUACGACCAUUUUCUGAACCAGUCUUCAAGGCACCCUCUUGGACCGUUCCGAGUAGUCUUGGUUGGAGCAUUGGUUGAGCCACUCACAUGAGGUAGUCCCGUUGGUGGCCAGCUGCAGUUCUCCGUGGAAGGCCUGCUCUGAGGGUUUUAGUGUCACAGCCCUUCAGAUGGUACUCAACGGAACAGCUCUAUUGGAUGAUCGUCAGGGAGACAGCUGGUGCACUUGCAAUUUAUUCAGGGUGAAGAGAGGCUGUGUGUGAACCUUGGAGAGUGGGAAGGAGUUUUCGGGGUGAAUGUGAAAUCAUUUGGCUGGAGCUUAACUACUAUGCAAGCCUCAUUUGUAUGGAGAGGUAUGCCAGGAUUUUUGGGUACUUGCUGAGCAAGUUCAUACCGGGCAAAGAAGUUGUUGAACUUGUAGGUUUGCCAAGGGCUACAUGGCCUUCCUCAGGUGGACAGUGUGGGGAUCGGGCUCCACAGAUAAGGUCAGAGAAGGGGAAAAAAGGAAGUCUUCACUUUGGGACAGACUCACAGGAGCUAUCUGGGCAUGGUAGACUUUGAGCUUUGACCUUUGAGGUUUUCCACCACUCACAUAAACGAGGAUGAGUGACUAAGAGCAGAGGAAGUUUGAGCUCUCGUGGGCAGAGCAUCACUCUACUACAGCUCAUGUCCCAGAAGAUAUGCAUGCCCUGAGCCCUCCUUCCUGCCAAUGAAUGUUCUGUUGCCGCUUUUCAAAACCAGUUGUCACCUCGAGAGCUUUGAUCUCAAAUGUAAUCACUCUGAGAUUUUUAACUUCCUGUUGAAUGCAGUGAGUAAGAAUGGCUUGGGAGCCUCUAGGGACGAAGGACUUGAGAGCCUAGGUUUGAGCUCAGAGAGGAUCACCACGGGCAGUUAUAUGGAGGUCUGGGAGCCAGAACAGGUCAAGAGGAGGAACUGGAGUGGGAGUCGCCAUUUGAAAACCAGUUUUGGUUCUGUACUUGAGCUGUUGGGGGAACAAAGUUGGAGAUGGUUAUGUAGCUCCUAUGGUAGAGUACCUACCUGCCUACAGUGCACAAAGUCCUUCAUGGAGUCUCCAGCAAUAUCAAUCUACUGGGGUAGAACAUGCCUGUAACCCCAGCUCCUAGGGAUGGAGGCACGAUUAGUUCAAAGCCGCCCUUAGCUUCACAGAGAGCUUGAGGUCAGCCUGGGAUACAUGAGACCCUGUCUACACAGACAGACAAGCAAACAAAGCCAGGUACAGGAGUACACAUCUUUAAUCUCAGCACUCGGGAGGCAGCAACGGGCAGAUCUUAAUGGAUUUAAGGCUCACGUGUAGUCCCAGGCCAGCUAGGACUACAUAGUGAAACUCUGUCUCAAAGAAAAAAAAUUGAAAGAAAUUUGACACGGACAGUGUGCUGGUUUGAAUAUGCUCGGCCCAGGAAGUGGCACUCUUAGGAGGUGUGGCCUUGUUAGAGUGGGUGUGGUCUUGUUGGAGGAAGUGUGUCAUGGUGGGGGUGGGCUUCGAGACCCUCCUCCUAGCUACCUGGAAGACAAUCUUCUGUUUGCCCUCAGAACAAGAUGCAGAACUCUCAGCUCCCUCAGCACGAGUGUCUGCCUGGUCAGUACCAUGCUUCCUGCCAUGAUGAUAAUGGACUAAUCUCUGAAACUGUAAGGCAGCCUGGAUUAAAUGUUUUCCUUUAUAAGAGUUGCCUUGGUCAUGGUGUCUCUUCACAGCUAUGGAAACCCUGACUAAGACAGUCAAGAUUAUUGUGCCCUUGACUGUCUGUGAAAGUUGUGACUUCCUGGUUCACUGUGACGGUAGCCAAUAAUUUGAAAUCCCUUCAUGGAGCUCCUCAGAGAUAUCCAAACCUUCCUCAAAAACCAAUGUGUUUCAGAGCCCCCAGAACAGCAUGGCAUGUCCCUGAGCUUCUCACUACCAGACUGAGUGCAUAGGUGUCAAAGCUGGGAAUUUAAGCCCAUAGCAGAUGGUGCUUGGAAGAGUUGGGUUUUGAUAAAGUACAGUGAGAAUUUCUAAAUAUGAUCCUAUAAGGAAUUCCUGGCCAGUCACUUGAGUUGCAACACUGCUGUCCUCCAGCCUGCUUGGGUCACCAAGGCUAUACUCUCCCUGCCCUCCAAUCCUGGCCUCAGCCUCUCCAAGGACAGGAGAGUCAUGCUUCCCUCCCUCAGAGUUCACGACCUUUGGAUUCAGGUGUCACAUCCCAGGUUUCAAGGUUAUAACUCCAGCUGGGCACGCCUGUCUUCCAGGCGUCUUCCUGGAAGAAUGCUCUUAGAAAAUUAAAGGGCAAAAGGGAAGGAACAAUGGCCAGGAGUUGAAAGCCAUCUUGCUUCCCUACAAAUGGUACCCUGUUUGCAUCUCUCCAUGUGGCACAUACCCAGCCCUGGUGUCUCGUGUGUAGAGAGUUGGCCAAAGCUAUAUCCAGUGCCAGUAUCCAUCAGCAGGUGAACAGGAAGUGUCCAGACACUGAUUCACACAGUGACAUGCGGACUCUGGAGAUAGCUGUACCUGGUGAAAAAAGAAACAAGACCCCCACAUAACACAAAAAAAUAAUAUAUGGCUUUGUUAAUAUAAAAUCAUUAAAAUUGUUAAUAUAAAAUAAAAUUAUUAGGGGGGAAAAAAGGCCAAGUGAACUAUCCAUUGGUUACAGAGGGUAGAGAUUACAAAGUCCGCAGAAGACACUUUGGAGAAAAUAAAGAAUUUAGGGCAGUUUGAAAUUUAAGUUUAAAAAAACUUACUAAGUUAAAAUGCAAGAACUUGAUAUAACGUGUGCCUUUUAUUGUGAGCCACUGAUUCAUUUUGGAAAGCAAGGAGAAUACAAAGUUUCAUAAAGAAGCAGAGUGGGUUUGUAGUAACCCAUCGCCCAGUAAGGUGUUUAAAGGAUCUUUCCUACUUCCCCCAUGUCUCGGGUUGGGAAGCAGAGUGUCUCGGGUGUUCUUUUCUUCCCUGUAAAGUUCCUAAGUCAUAAAGCGAAUGGCAGAGCUAAAAAAUGUCUCCCUACAUCCAGUUAGUAUUUAUUGACCAAUCCAAGUGACACUUUUGGCUUUCUAUGUGAAUUAAAGAAUCAUAGAACAUGACGGAAAGCACAGCCCGCCUCCAGAGGUGCUCGCCAGCUCGCUCACCAGUCUAGUUUCCGCCGCCAUCAUCGGGAAUUCCAUUUCAAAGACAAGCGGAGAUUACCGAAGGCAUUAUAUGUAACAGAUGGAGGGAAAUGUCUUAAUAUAUUUUCCCUACAAAUUCAGUGGCCUGCAGUCAUUGUCUUGUGACCCUUUCAUGCCAAAAGGAAAUGGUCUGAUUUAUCUCCACCUACCCUCUGGCUUAAUAGUUGCUUUGUCUUUUUUAUUGAUGUAACAGAAGCUGUGGAAGAUAUUUAUAGGAAAGAUAAACCCAACGCUAUUCAUUGAAUUCACUAAGCUGGGGGUUGAAAGUAAAAGGAAAAGUUUCUUAAGGUACGGUUGGGAAGCCGUCCGUACUGUACCAGUGGGAGUAGGGAAGGACAGUCUAUGCCUCAUCUUCAAAGUUUGGUCCUGAUGAGGUGAGUUUUAAUUUUGCUCUCAUUUUCAUUGUAAUGGGGGAUUGAACCCAGAGCUUUGCAAUGCUAGACAAGUUCUCUGCCACUGAGCUAUAGCCCCAGCAUAAAAUUUGGGUUGCUGGCCAUUCUCUUAAGUUUUGGAACCUCCUUUCAGAACAGAGGACUAAAGAGGCUUUUCGUGAUCCAGAAUGGGAUGCCAGAUAUUUGCCUAUUUCAUUGUAAGUCAGCCACGUUUGGUCGGGUGCGCUUCGAACUGAUGUGUUGUAAGAGCGAUGUUCUUCAUGCCUCUUUCCUACCUCCAGGUGUCAACCUGUGUGAUUCCAUUUUCCUCCUCAUCUUUCUUGUUUGUGGAACAUCUACAUCUCCUAGGAUUUUUUUUUUUUAAGAUUUAUUUAUUUUGGGGUUGGGGAUUUAGCUCAGUGCUAGAUAAGCGCAAGGCCCUGAGUUCGGUCCUCAGCUCCGGGAAAAAAAAAAAAAAAAGAUUUAUUUAUUUUAUGUAUACAGUGUUCUAUCUGCAUGUACAUCUGCAGGCCAGAAGAGGGCAUCAGAUCCCAUUACAGAUGGUUGUGAGCCAUCAUGUGGUUGCUGGGAAUUGAACUCAGGAACCUCUGGAAGAACAGUCAGUGCUCUUAACCACUGAGCCAUCUCUCCAGCCCACCCUCUGAGGAUCUUUUAAAUAUGCAUUUUUAAGCCCUCACAGUCAGUGGGCCAACAUGCUUGGCUCCAAAGUGCAGGCAUGAACCAGAGCUUCAUAGUCCUGCCCAGAGGGCGUAUUGCACUGGGUGCUUGAGGCAAGUGACUAUGAGUUCCAUGAAGCACUUUGAGAUCCAGCUAUCAAGCAUGUAGACAUGUUAGGCAACACUGGGAACACUGGUGUUUUUAUGACUUAACCCUGUCCCCACCUCUUCCAUAGCCUUUCCAUAAGCAUCUGUAUCAGUCCGUGCAGGCUGGCAUGUGCUGCAGUAACAACUAAACCAAAUACCUCAAUGAUUUGAAGCAGCGUCCUUCCUGUUGAGCGUCCACUGACAGUCAGAGGGAGGAAGCACUUCUUGCAUUUGUCCUUAUCCAGGGCAUAGUCAUUCAAGUAUUGCCAGCUGUUCUUACAGCUUCUACCUAGAAGUGACGUUUCUUUAGGAGCUGCCUCUUAGAUAUCACACCCUGUGAGGUCUGUCUUCACCGCAGCCGUGUGGUCCCCUUGACCUUCUGGGUCACACUGCAGGUGUGAAGGCUCCCCAGGCUGGACUGUCAAUUCCUUGACAGUCAGUCAUGUCCUAGAGUCACACUGGACAUGACUGAACACAACACAGGCCUCUGAGCCAAUGCUUUAAAGUAUUUGAAAGUCUGAUGAAGGAAAGAAGAGAAUUAUCAGGAGUGUGUGCACGUUCUGAUGUGUGUGCUUUACACGUUACUUGGGGUUGUCUGCUUGAUCGUUUUUAGCCCUUACAGAAACUUAGCACAUGUUGUACUCCAUUAUAGGUGAAGAAAAUAAAGCCUAUAUUUUUACAUGAAUUGUUCAGUGUCGCACCAAACCUAGUCUGGAAUCUUGACCUGUAACUGCUAGGCCAACACUGGACCAGUACAUCUUAGUUUUCAGUGUGAGUGCACAGUUGCCUUACACUGAGGACUAUGAGCAAGUGUCCUCAGAUGAGGCACUGGGGGUCCCUGGCCAGAACCGGGCAACAGCAGGUCAGCGUGUGCGCUCCCUGCAGCUGUCUCAGCCAGUUGUCACAGACUCGAUGGCUGAAAGCAACGGGAAUUCACUCACCCAGCUGAGUCAAAGGGAGGACAGGGCUGCUCUUGUUCUGGAGACUCCAGGGAAAAGGCUGUCCCUGACCCCUCCCAGCCUACCGUUGUCAUUCUUUCAUGGGGUCAUGUCACAUCAGCCAACCUCAACUGUCACAGUACACUAAUAGUUCUUAACCUGACCCCAUCUACAAAAUGCACUAUUCCAGGCUGGAGAGACAGCUCAGCGGUUAAGAGCACUGACUGCUCUUCCAGAGGUCAUGAGUUCAAUUCCCAGCAACCACAUGGUGCCUCACAACCAUCUGUAAUGGGAUCUGAUGCCCUCUUCUGGCCUGCAGGCAUACAUGCAGGCAGAAUGCUGUAUACAUAAUAAGUAAAUAAACCUUAAAAAGCAACAACCAAAAAAAAAAAAAACCCACUAUUCCUUUCAGGCAUCACGUACCUACAGGUCUCAGAGAUGGGAGCUGGUCUCUGGAGUUGUUUUGGGGGCAGGGUGGGGGUGAGGGGGUUCAUGUUCCCUUCCCCAUUGCUCACCUGCCCUGCUCUUGCACCCCCCCUCCACUCUCUCCCUCAUGGCGCUACCUGUCCUGGGAGCAUCACUGGGAUAAGAUGCACUCCAGGUAGAUUCCACAACCAGCCUUUCCGUGCCCAUCUGACCGUGGGCAACGUAACCCUCUGUACCCCUAGGUAGUGAAGGAAGCCUUAGAGCCUGCAUGCAAUGGGGUGCGAGAUAAUAGUAAGAUUCUAACCCUCCCACAGCACGCCCACCCUCAACUCUACUCCUCUGCACGAUGGUGCUGGGUGCAGUGGGCUGGAGUCUGGGGGUUGCCCGAGAACGUUCCUACCACGCCUCCUCUAUUUUAUUUUUCCCCGGGGCGGCUAAAGCAGAAUGUUUGUGAACUAAUUCAUCAUCCUUUCCCAGAAGGCUUAUUUCAUUUCAUGGGUGAACAGUUCUUGCUCGAGAGCUGUAUCUUCUUCCCAGUGAUGUAUAACAUGAGGUGGUGUCAGCCUUAAGUCUGUAGACAGGUGAUGCUCUUUCUCCCUGGUGCUCAGUCUGGAAGCCUGGGCAGCACAUGUGUUCAUGGGUGCUUCAGGGGACACACAGGCACACAGCAGAUUCAGGCCUUCGCCUGCCUCGGGCCUUUCUAAUUCCUUCAUUUCCUUCUAUUUCCAGGGCAGCUAAAACAAUGUUUAUGAGCUAAUUCUAAUCAUCUUUUCCCCUUCUAGCUAUCUAUGUAUGUAUAUAUGAUGUAUGUAUGUAUAUAUGUAUGUAUGUGUCUAUCUAUCUAUCUAUCUAUCUAUCUAUCUAUCUAUCUAUCUAUCUAUCUAUCUAUCUAUCUGAGAAAGGGUUUCUCUGAGUAGCCCUGGCUGUCCUAGAACUUACCCUGUAGUCCAGGCUGGCCUCAGAUUCAGAGAUCCGCCUGCCUCUGCCUCCCAGCUCCUGGGAUUAAAGGUGUGGGCCACUCUACCCAACUGUACUUUCCUAUUUCUAAACUCACAUGCAGAACCUGGUAUCUCAGCAGUCAAGAAUUCUGAUAAUAAGUAAUAAAUAUUAUAGAUAAUACAUAUUUAUAGGAAAUAGGUCCAGGCAUCAGAAUAAGCAGUUGUAUAAUUAUCAAGAAAAGAACACUCAGCAGGUUAGGGUAAACUCUAAGUUUAGACUAUUCUGGCUACAUAGUGACUUCUAGGUCAGCUGGGUUUCCGUAGUGAAGCCUGUCUAAUGAUGGUGGUGAUGGUGAUGAUUAUGAUGGUGGUGGUGGCGGUGGUGGUGGUGGUGGUGAUUAUGAUGGUGGUGGUGGUGGCGGUGGUGGUGGUGGUGGUGGUGGUAAUAGUCAUCAAAUAAACUGAUACAAAGUACAAACUUCGAAGCCUGGAAGCCAUUUUUUCCCUCAAAGGUUGUUAGCUUUACUGUAUUCACUAUCUGCCUUUAGAAUCUAAAACUAUAGCCUAGUUUGUUUAGAAAAUGGUCUCUUCUGACAUUUCCCUUAUAUUUAGGACAUUUUAUCCCAGUGCUAAAAUCUUGAUACAGGUUACACUCCCAUCUCUGACACGGUGACGUUAGUAGUGUGAGACAUUGAAAACUGUGAUAUUAAACCUAGGUUGUUUUACUGUUAGUCAUGUCCUCCAUGGCUGUAGAAUAGGAUGACAUAGGUGUGACCCACUGUAACUGUGGAAUGUGCAUCGUGGCCAUGGACUUCAUUUAGACCCUUAGACUCUUUGACUGCCCAGCAUCAUUGAAUAGCAGUGACUUUUACCAUGGGGGGGAAAAACAAACUGAAUUCUUGAGUCACUUGAAUACUUACUGUGAUCUUGUUUAAUCCUCACCGUCACCUUGGAUAGAUUUAGAGUCACCAUGGAAACAGAGGCGUGUCUGUGAGACUAUCUCCAGUGAGGUUUAACUAAGGAGGGGCAAACCCACCCUCAUCCUGUGGACUGGGGUCCCUGGCUUGGGGGAUGGGGUCAGGGAGCACAAGCACCAGCAUUCAUGGCUGUCAGCCUCCUGGCUGUGAACUUGGUGUAGCCUGCUGCCUUUAGCUCCUCCCACUGAGCUUUUUACAGAUGGGUUUUCCUAGACCCUUGUGACCAUACCUGCAGAGGGGAAAUGUUCUAUUUGGAACUUGGUCCGAAUCAACAGGGCCCUGAAUUUGUACCUCCCAAGAUACAAAGCACUGGGCAGUGCCAGAGUGACCAGGAACACCCUGUACAGCCUUUGUCGGGAAAGAGCCUAAGUGCAGUUUUGAAUGAUAAAUCCUUAAAGCAGGAACACUGUCUAAUGGGGCAUUGUCUAACAUUGUUGCAGAUGUUUCUGCAACAAUGUGGGCUUUUGUUUUGUUUGUGUGGUACCUAAAAGGACUGAACUGGAUUUUAAGGUCUGAAUUCCUAGUGUAUUGUCGGGCAACUUACUUGACCUUCUCCAACCCUUUGAUGAGUUUGCUCAUCUAAGAAUAGCAUUGCCAACCACUGAGGAGUAAUGGCGAUUGCUAUCCAGAGUCAAGGCGACACAGGCAUGGUGCAUGGGUGCUGUGUCAUGCCGGGCACCCACCCACCAUUUGCAGGUUCAGCCUGGAGGAAGGAGCUCUACUCUGCUGCCUGGGAUAGUCUCAUCCACAGCAGGAAAGUCUCCUCAAGGCUCUGACUUCAUCUGCACAGGCCAGCCCUGGUGUGGCUGCUUGGAUUGGUCCUGCCGCUCCUUCUGCCAUGCUUACAAUUAAUUGUCCAAGCGGCUCCCUCACGUUUGGACCCCCACUAAUCACAAGCCCAUCUGGCCAUCAUAGGCUGGGGGAGAAUGUAGCCACUCAUUUUGGUGUAUGUUUUUGGAGUUGUUUGCUAUUCAAAUUGAGAGUAACCUCAGACACACAGGGCUUCAUCUUGGAGAUUGAGGUUUUGAAGACUGAUAAUGUGGGAUCUUGCAUAAUGUCUCUGAAAGGCCCAUGUGGUAAGGUUUGGUCCCUAUGGUGGCACAACUGGGAAGUUGUGGAGGAAUUAAAUGGUAGGACUUAUAGUGGGGGGUAUUCAGGUCAUUGGAGGUGUCCCCUUGAGAUGGACUGAUGGACUCUUACUAUUCCUUCUAUUCUGCAUCCUGGUCAUGAGGUGCAUUCUGCCCUGCCACACACUCCCAUUAUAAUAUAGUGUCUUGCCACAGAUCUAAUUAUUCAUGGGCUAGAACCUCCAAAACUAUGAGCCAAGCAAGCUUUCUCUCUUUAUCAGUUGACUUGCUCUGGUCUUUUGUUAUAAUAACAGAAGCUGACCAUCACAAGGCCACUGUAAGUAGAAAACAACUUGAACAAUCUUAAGCAAAAGACACCUUGACUGUCUUCUGACUCUGAAGCUCAGAUGCAGUCAAGCCUUGUAAGACUCGAAGUCUUAACUACCAGGAGACCACCCCCAAGUGAGGCACGAGAAUGGAGUUCAAUGCAAAUGCAAGAGGUUUAUUUUUCCAGCACAUCGGGGUCGACCCUCAAUCAGCCCCUCAUGGUGAGUGACUAGAAGAUGACCCCAAAUGGCUAUAACAACCUGUUUUUAUAUUUAUUAGGGGUACAGGUUACAUCAGCAAGGUUACAGUUCAAACUUAUUGGCUAAGCAUAUUGACCUUUGAAUUUAUUGGCUGGCAAGCAUGGGCAGAUUAUGACAUGCAUUUGAACUCUUAUCUGGGACCUGAGGGUCAGGUGACUAUCAGUCUAUACUGAUAGUGGUUCUGUGGUUUUUCAAGAAUGUUCCUGUUCCUCGAAUGGGGUGGAGAAUGGAACUUGGCCUUGCCUCAACCUGAGGCAGGAAGCUGGAACCUGCCCUAGCCUUGGCGUGUAAGGCUGGCGAAAGCCCCUAGGGCCCGUCGGACCUGCACUCUGCUCUUUAUCUGCUUCUUGAUUGUUCUUAGUUCCUGAGAGGAAAUUGGAACUCAACACAGCCCUUGAUCUCAUUCCCUGUACAAAGUCCACCUCUUGAGAAACAACAGCCAGGGUCUUACAAUUUGUCCCUAGAAAAGGGGGCCAGGACAGACAAGUCAGCCAGUGUUCAAUGAGAAACCUAUUUCAAGAUUUCACCAGUGCAGCUAGGGACUAUCAGUUUGGGUUGCUACCUGUCCAUUACGGUCAAGUGCUGUGUUAGUUAAGAGAAGUUUCCUAUCUGGUUAUUUAUUGAUUUUGUUUUUGUGAGUUUUUUUUCAGUCUUCACAACACAUUUGGAGGCAGAUUUGUUAUGUAAUGUUUUUCAAAUAAUGUAGCAAGGCCAAAAGGAAACACAGACACACACACACACACACACACACACACACACACACACACACACACACUCUUUUGCAACAUAAGUCUGCAAGGCCCACUGAAAUGUUAAAGGUCUUUGUUUCUGAUAAGAACUAUGGUCCAGUGGGAUCCAGCUCAAGGGGAGGCCCCAAGGCUUAACACAUUACUGAGGCUGUGGGGUGCUCACAAAAAGGGACCUACCAUGACUGCCCUCCAAAAGACCCAACAAGCGGCUGAAAGAGUCGGAUGCAGAUCUGUGCACCCAACCAAUGAACAGAAGCUGCUGACUCUUCUGGUUGAAUUAGGGAAAAGCUGGAGGAAGCUGAGGAGGUCGACCCUGUAGGAGGACCAGAAGUCUCAAUUAACCUGAACCCCCGAGAUCUCUCAGACACUGGAUCACCAACCAGGCAACAUCCCCAGCUGAGAUGAGGCCCCCAACACAUGUACAGCAGAGGACUCCCAGGUCUGGGUUCAGUCAGAGAAGAUGCACCUAACCCUCAAGAGACUGGAGGCCCCAGGGAGUUAGAGGUCUGGUGGGGUUAGGGGUGGGGAGGUGAGGACAUCUUUGUGGAGACAGAGUGGUGGGGAGGAGGUAUAGGAUGGGGAACAGUCAGAGGGUGGACCAGGAGAGGAAUAAAAUCUGGAGUGUAUAAAAUUAAAAAAAAAAAAAAAGAACUACAUUCCACUUAUGGUUGAGCCUUGGUUCAGCCAGUGCUAGUUAGUGGCUAGUUAGUACACAAACAUCCUUGUUAUGUUAGCUAACAUAAAAGUGGGGUGGGUGCAGUUAGAGGCACCCUGUCUGAAAAGUAGCUAUGAAAGUUAACAGUUGUGGCUGACCAAAGGAGUAAAAUUGCUCUCUGGUGGUGAAAAGACCAAGCGGGUCUGACCGGUGCUCUGUACAUGGACAGAAUUUUGCUCGGGGCAAGUAAUUCAGCUGCCUUAUGUGACAUUCCUUCAGCUUCUACAGUGAUUGUGACCUUAGGGUGACUGACUCAGUCUCGUGGAUGCAUCAGGACCGUUUAAAUAUACAUCUCCCAUCCAGUUCAUAAGUCACGAGCCCAUUUAACUCAUCAUCACAGUCGGAGGGACUCAGAGGAGACAGGAGCAGGAGUGCUCACUUCCCUCCGUCGGGUUAAUCUUGACCCACUGCCCUGUCAGCUUUUCUGAGAUUCUGAAGUUAAAAUGGACAUUAAAACUGGUCACUGGGUUACUCUCUUCCUAAAAGGAAAUUGUAAGAGCUGCUUUAAUGAUGUAGUCGCCCCUCUUUUCCUCAUGUGCGUGUGUGUGCGUGUGUGUGCGUGCAUGUGUGUCCCAUAAUCCCCCAUGGCGCCUGAGGAUGGUGUGCAGCCAGCUGUGUUUCAUCAAGACCCCAGCUGAGCAUGAUGCAUGCUCCACGCUCACCAGACCAAAGAUGCUGCCGUCUCCCCUCUUUUAAGAGACUUACUGUUAUUAUUUUAAUUAUGUGUAAGUAUGAAGCGUGUAUCUUUAUGUAUGUAUGUACAUGACUGCAGUAUCCAUGGAGGCCAGAGGCACCUAAAUCCCCAUGGAGCAGGAGUUACCAGUGGUUGUGAACCAUCUGCUCUGCGGGCCGGGAGCCGAACCCCAGUCCUCUGCAAGAACAGUAUGCACCCUUAACCACCACGCCACCUCUCCAAACUUGUCUUCUUUAUCUUUUUAACAUAAACCCCAGAGACUGCCCAAGUUUUACAUCUCACACACCCUAGUCAGCCUCCUCACGACCGAUCGGUACAUUUGAAAGGAGCACAAGUUGCAAGGAAGAGAAUUUGUAGGUUUAGCAUCAAGAGUGUGGGUGAAUGGGAACACCAACACAGACAACAUGAGCUUCAUAUGUGAACUCUGUGGGGAACUUUAAUUGAAUGAACUCUGUAGAGUAGGCACAUGAAAAUCAAGUUGAUGUUAGCUUACCUGCUCAGGGGUCACAUUGUUCUUUGUGUGGGGAGGAAAGGGAUGAGGAAGGGGGAGAAUUAAUGUAUGGUAGGAACAGAACAUCUGGAGAAUGAGGUUUUGUGUCUCAGUCGGUAUUAAUUCAGUUCACUCAUUGUCUCUGAACCUCUGCUCACAAAAGGAGAGUGUUAGUAAAGUAGUUAUGGGAUGGAAGCACUGGUUAAGGGGGUGGAUCACUGGUUAAGAGUGUAUACUGCUCUUCCAGAGGACUAGAAUUCAGUUCCAACAUCCAUAUCAUGCACUGCUCACAACCACCUAUAACUCCAGGGAAUCCAAUGCCCUCUCCUGGCUUCCACAGGCUCAGGUGCAUGUGCACACACGUGCGUACUUGUGUGUGUGUGUGUGUGUGUGUGUGUGUGUGUGUGUGUGUGUGUGUACAGUAUAUACUUACCUAGACACAUAUACAUAUACACAUAUACAUCAAUAAAAGUAAAAUUUUAAAGGCAAAAUAAAGUGAAAAUAGCUAAUAUAAUGUAGCCAAGAGAAUGCUGUGUCUAAUAGCACAAUAGGACAAACCUCUGUGAAGGUAUAAAAUGUAACAGAAAUGCUAGCCUUUAGUAACUAGGCAAGGCUAGCAAGCAGUGUGCUAAUAGUCGCCACCUGAAGGAGACUCUUAGGCUUUGUGGGUCAUUCUGUCUGAGUCUCAGUUAUUCAUCUUCAUCACCAUUAGACAAACCCAGCCUUAGAAAAGAUACAAAUGAAGGCACACGUCUGCACUGUCAUAAAUCUUUAUUUACAAAGCAGGUACAGAAUGGUGCUGUACCAAAUUGAUCCCAAGUGACACUGCCCCUCACAAUUGGAACCUUACAGUGAGCAGGAAAAUAAGAUGAAUCUAGUAGCUAUAAAUAAUGUCUUCAUUUAAACAACAUUGAAGGGAGCUAGAAUGAUGGCUCAGCAGUUAAGAGCUCCGUCUGUUCCUAGAUGACCUGGGUUCACUUCCCAGCAUCCACAUGGCCCCACACAACCAUCUAUAACUCCCGUUCCGGGGAUCCGAUGCCCUCUCUGGCUUCUGCAGGCAAACAGAUGUGUGUGUGGAUGGAGAUGUAGGUGAAACACCUAUAAAAGAAAACAAACCCUACACACUUUGAAGAGUCCAAAUGCUGGACAACUGUACCUGCCCUGGUUUCUGUUGUCAGUGAUGUGAUUGAUUUCUCUUUGUGACAUUGGGGUCCCUGUGUGGGCCAGAGAAGCAAAGUCAAAAGAAGACAGGUUGAAGGCAGUUCUAGCCUGAAGCUUUAGCUCUUUCUCUUUUGUGCUUCUUGUGAGGGAAAUUACAGUAACAGAUCGUGCCAGCCCUACUCCGGGACUGAACCAGUGCAGCAACUCCAAAGAAUUGCUUUGUGACCACUGAGAAAUUAGAGUGGUUCCAUUUGGCAAUCUCACAAUUAUUUUUUCUAACAAUUACUGAUGUGGACAUGCUUAGAAACAUGGAAAACUCAGACAAGCUUAAAAUUUUAAGAAACCCAUCCACAAACAGUAGCCCAUGCAUCUUUAAAAGGGGCUGGUUGAUCCCAAACCUGAAUGAUGUAGCCGUGAGCAUCCUGGACAGGUUCUGGUUUAUAUUCUCUCCUAUUCUCUCUCUCUCUCUCUCUCUCUCUCUCUCUCUCUCUCUCUCUCUCUCUCUCUCUCUCUCUCUGUCUCUCUCUCUCUCUCUGUCUCUCUCUCUCUCCUCUUUCUCUCUCUCCCCCCUCCCCCACCCCGUGUGUGUGUGUGUGUGUGUGUGUGUGUGCAUGUGUGUGUGUGUGUGCAUGUGUGUGUGUGUGUGUGUGUGUGUGUGUGUGGUUUGGAUGUCACCCUGUUUUCACAUCUCUUGAGGAAAUGCUGCACAGGAGUGGGGUUGAUAACUGUGGUGACUGUCUAUUCUGUGUGAAGCAGCUGUUGUUCUGCCCUCUGAGAGCCGCUCAUGUCACAUUGUCCCCAGCCAACUCAGUUCAGUUCCUCACAGUCGCCACCAACACUUGGUAGCCCCUGAGUUUGUUUAUCAGGAGGUUUUGGUCACUCGUAUCUUAGCAAUCUGAAAUGUGGAGUGGUAACUCCUGUAGUUGGUUGGUUGCAGUAUUGGAGAUUACAAGCACUACCACUGUGCUGUCUCCCCUGUGCAUCCUGGUGGUUUUAACCUGCACUUACUUAACAACUCCAUGAUGCUACAAGCUUUCUGUGUGUUUAUGAAAACCAAAUACAUCCCUUGGCAAAGUAUUUGUUCAGUUCAUUUUCAUUGGUUUUGACCUUUCCUUCAGUAAUAGAGAUUGAACCCAAGGCCUUACACAUGCUAGACUCCUACCAUUUACCAUUGAUCUGUGAACCUUAACCACUAUCUGAGACCUUGCUAUGUAGCUUAGGUUGACCUUGAACUCAUGACUGUGCCGUCUCAACCUUCCCAGGCAUGUGCCAUCACACUGACUUAUUUGUUUUAUUAUCAUUAGCUGUAGGGUGAUGGACCAGGAGAGGAAGCCUGAUAAGGUCGAGCUACGGCUUAAAGCCCCAGCAACCUAGAAGGGACAGUAGGAGUUUCGCCUGCUCCUGACUCCAGGCCCCUGUCAUGUAGCCCCCCAUAGAGAGAAUUAUGGCCAUCAGUCACAUAGGGGCAGCACCCACAAGUCCUUCCUCAUGUAGAUGAAGCAUCUCAGAUCAAGCCAAUAGGAAGCACCUGCUGUCAGACCCACCCCACCCCAAAACUGUAUGUAAGAUCCUAUCCAGAAGGAAUAGAGGUGUGUGGGAAUUACUCUGUCAUCAGAGAAUGUUACUGCUCAGCUCAGCACAGCCAGGGCAGCGCCUCUAAGUGGCGCUGGGGCAGAGCAGCAGCAGUGGUGGCAUUUCCCCUCCCUGCUCGUGCCCUUUCCCCUUUGCUUGAACCCUCCUCCCUGGCCAGGCCAGAGGUCUCUGCGGAUAUCCUCCUGUACACAGAUCAACAAUUAGCUUCACUUAAAUUUGUCCGGAACUGGAAGCAAUACAAAUACCCACUCCCUGGUGAUGGAUAAGCUGCAGUACCGCCAAACAGACAGAAAAUGGAAUGGAGUGUUUUGCAAAUAGAAUUCUCAGUAGUGAAAAUAAACAAGCUCCUAACAGACUUAGCCAGUCACUAAGUCACAAAAAUGAGACUUUAAAAGCCACACACUGCAUAAUUCCAUUUCUAUGGCAUUUGGGGGAAAGUAAAAUUAUUGAGACAGAAACCAGAUGGUGGUAAGGUAUGGGGGAAAUACAUGGAGGCAUUCAUCUUGGGGCUGGAGAGAUGGCUCAGCGGUUAAGAGCACUGGCUGCGCUUCCAGAGGUCCUGAGUUCAAUUCCCGGCAACCACAUGGUGGCUCACAGCCACCUGUAACUUCAGACCCAAGGAACCUCUUCUGACCUCCUAGGACACAGACAUGCGCAUGAUACAUGUGGGAAAAGCAUGUAUACCCACAAAAAAAAAAAUACUUAUAAAAUGUUUUUAAAAGUAAUAAUAAUUUCUCUUGGCUUCACUCCCACGCUCCACCCAUGUCCUCCUGCCCUACAUCGUCCCGGUCAUGUGCCCUGAGUCAAGUGAGGCUUGAAUUUCUCACGUGGGGACACAAAUGUGGCUUUUCUCUAGUUGUGGUUGUGGAUGUCAGACAGCUGUUUCCCCUUCCCACAGAGCAUGGAGGCACCUGGCUGGCAUUGUCCCCUGCCUUUCAUUGUAAUACUGCUUUCCUGAGGAGAGAGGCCAGGGCUUGCAUAGGUAGGAAAGGAGCAGGACAGGUAAGGAAGGGGCUGGGCAGGUAGGGAAGGGGCUGGGCAGGGCUGAGCACCUUGGGAAUUGAGUGCUUCCCAGCUUCUAUCCCCUCAGUUGUUGGGAGUAUGGGAACUGUUGGUUGGCGGGGCUAGACAAUCUCUUCAUAGUCUCAUUAAUGCCAGGGAAUCGCCCAGUGUCUUUGGUCUAGUAGGAGGUUUCGUCUGCUGAAUAUUGCAUAAAGAAAAUGAGUUGUGCUUCCUGCUCGGAGCUUGGAACUCUCCCACAUACAAAGAUUUCUGCUAUAAACAGACAUUUAUUAUUAUAAAGAGCCUCUGCGUUGUAUAGGUCAGGACAGGCAAAGCCUAGACAGGACAGGAGACUAUCGUGGGGAGGGGGCAAACUUUCUGUGAGAGCGCUCAGUUAGAGAUUGUGUGCUAAAACCUGGAAGUCUUUUUGAUAAAGGUCAUGUCCUAAUCUGAAUGCAAGGCAUGCUUCCGUCUCCCAGAUUUGGUGUGGCGGAGUGGGGCUUCUUCCGCAAAUACACACCACAGCCUCCAGGAAUGAAUGCCUUCCAGGACAGCAUCCACUAACCUCGGAAUAUCCCUGGUCCUGGCUGAGCCCUUGGCAUCCGUCGCCCGGGUUCUUUGCAGUUCCGAACUGAAUUCUUUCCUGCCUUUUGCUUGAACUGUGGUAACUGUUUGCAUAAUUUGUACUAGGAUUCUUGCUAUUCAAAGUAGUCUAAUCAGCUGAAUAAGGACAUGCCAUCACCAGGUCCUUGACCAGGUCCCCCACCGCAGACCUCUGUGUUUUAGCCAAUCCCCAGAUGAUUGAAGCUUGCACACAAGCAAGUGUGAAAGGUGUUGAUCCCUACAGCAUCCCGCCCAGACAGGCAGAUCCAAAAUCAGGAGGAAACAUUACCUGCUUCUGAGCUCUGAGUGGAGAGGGGGGGUUACAGGUCUUGCCAUUUGUCCCCUGUCAACCACACAAGGUGCCUACUCUAGAACGGCCUUCUCCACACGCAGUACACAAGACACCUGCCUGCCUGCAGAGCUUUUGUGGGGUCCAGGAGAUGGGCUGCUUGUGUAAUACAGCAGGAACUCUGCUGCUGGCUUGCUCUCUCCACCCCCCACACUCUGCCCCUUCAUCGUAAGUUACUAUGCACAGCAUAAUGUGAGAAGCACAGGCCUGGGUGGGGCUUUGAUGAUGCAGUGUGACCAGAAGGGAAUACUUAAACCCAGCCUCAAGUGUUUGAGCGAACAUUCAGGGCUUUCCUCCUCCUAAUUUGAGGAAGAAGCUGAGUGGCUGCUGGUUGAAAGCUGCUUUGAUCUGAGGCAACGUAAACAUUUUCAGUGGAUGACUCGUAAGGACAGUUCAAAUUCAUACUCUGUAUUUCCUAGUAGCUCUCUUUCCAGGAGCGAAUGAGCAAGCUUUGUUCUGUAACGAGCUAAGAGUGUAAACGCUGUUAUGACAAUCCCUUGGUUUUCUUGUUUAAUGUUUACACUCAUCUAAUCAAACAAAUUGAAAUUGGAUUAUGUCUGUUGCACAUUAUAACAGCUAUUAUCCAGUUUAAAUGCAAGUCUGAAAGAAAUAAAAUUGAUUUUUUUUCCUGCCAUGCUUCUUGGAGAUGUAUCCUGGGUUAUUGGUAUGCUGGCUGUAUUUUCAGUCAGCUUUGUACGGGGGAGGGAAAGAUAAGUAGCCGCGGAGGGUUUUUUUUCCCCCUUAAUAUAUUAUGCAAAUAAACUGUAAUAUUUCGUUCUAAUUAGGGAGCACGACGGCUUGAGAGUUGGGUGAGCUGCUUCCCUGUUUUUAUAAAUCACGUCAGGUUUCUUCUCCUGUCAGAUUUUUAAAGAGGAUAAUAAUUUUCAGCCACAUUCUUAUUUUUAGAAAGAAAAAAAAGAUCCCCAGAAUAGUAGUGUGCUUUAUUAUACUAUUCUACUCAGUUACUGCAGUAACAGCCUCCUUAUUUAUCAGGGAACAUGUUGGGAUAAGUACCAAAUUUUACAUGUGACUGAACCUACGUUUCUAUCGACUUGGAUUAUCUCUGUUGCACAUUAAAACGGUUAUUAUCUGGUUGAAGUGCAGGUCUAAAAGAAAUAAAAUGGAUUUUUUUUGUUUGUUUUGCUAUGAUACUUGGGGGGAUUUUUUUUUUUUUUUUGCCAUCAUGUUAGAAGCAUGUUUUAUGGGCUGUAUAGGAAGGGCACUGUGACUGAUGCCAGGGACUCGCUAGGGACUUGGAUUUGAUCUGACAUACAUCACACGCAAAUGAAAAUGUUCCAGUCCUGCUGACCACUGCCAAAAGUGGGGUCAUGAGCCAGAGAGCACAAAGGCAUGGAUGCUGAUCCCUGGAAGAGGCCCCUGAGAGAGGUGACCACUGACCUGGGCACUAACUCAGAGUAGGUGUUUGGGAAUAGGAGUCUGCCCUUUUAAUUGUAAAAGUGUCAUGUGCUGAUUUCAUGAUCACUGAAAAUUUUAAAAAGACAAAAGUUACUAAAUGUAACCAUUAUUAAGUGUGUGACUACAUCAGGAAAUAUGCUAUGGUUGAAAGCUCUCCCAAGACCCUGACUCCACCCACUCCCACCUUUGACUGCUCGGCACACAUGGAUAGACUGCUGCUUUGUUAUGAAGGAGGCUGACUGGACUCACCCAUGGGAAGGAGCACACGGGGGAAGGUCCCGUGUGAGCUACGCACCUGGCAGACUGUUGUAGACAGAAUGACUGUGUGACAGUAGCACAGAUGCUUUAUCCCAGCCAUGGUGGCCAGAACUGAGGGCUCCAUCAUGUGGGUCGACUGGUCCAGGGGCUGAUCACAGUCUCUGGCACCUGCAGAGUUGGAGCUCAGGUUACAACACCCAAGGCCUUCAGCAGACACCACCUCUGGGCGGCAUGGCAUCCCAAUGUCUUGGAGGACAAAAGAUGCCAGGCUCUGUAGCGGAACGUACACUCUUUACCCCACAAGAACAAUGGACUACUGUUUACCCCUAAAGCUCACUGUGAAGUAGGUGCUGAUCCAAAGGUGAAUUACCAAACCGCAGCAAGGGCUGUGGGGGGAGCCAGGGUUAGGCCACGAAGGUGGUGCUGCCUGUUCAGAACAUUUUCUGAAGCAGUCUGUGUGGGCUGAGAUCUCAAGAACAGAGGAAAGACUAGCCAGGUAAGCGACGUAGGGAAGGGCAUUUCAAGAGGAGGGGACAGUUAGCAAAGAUUCUGAGGUGGGAAUAGCUAGACACCUCAAGGAACUGGAAGAACACUGGAGGCAGAACAAAGAGCAAGAACCAUUUGCAACAGUGGCUAGAGAGAGGAGCAAGGAUCAUAUCCCAUGUGACCUCAGACACCCUGGAAGUAUUCGUGGAUCUUUUUUCCCAUUGCAGGGCAAGACCAGUGGGAGGGUUUUAAGCAAGGAGCAUUAAUGUUUGUAAUCAUUAUAUAUUUAUCAAGAUAGUGCCUUGCCAGCUGGUAGCAAUAUACACCCUUUAUCCCAGAAUUUAGAAUGCAAAGGCAGGUGGAUCUCUAUGAGUUUGAGGCCAGCCUUGUUUGCAAAGCAAGUUCCAGGACAGCCAGGGCUACACAGAGAAACUCUGUCUUGAAAAACAAAACAAAACAAAACAAAACAAAGAUAGGGCCUCACGUAGCCCAAACUGCCGUUGGGCUGACUGUAGAGCUGCGCCUGACCCUGAACUCCUGGUCCUCCUGCCCCCAUCUUCCUAGUGCAGGGACUCCAUGGGAAAAGGUUUAAAGUGACCUAUCUAUGAGCAUAUAAAACCAGCCUGUUAGGGACCAGAAGGGAGGCACGGAGACUUGACACACCACUACAACCAUCCAGGGGAGAGAAGAUGACCAUGGGGACCGUGGGGACAGUUAGAGAAGCAGGGAGGGGCAUGUUUGAGAGUGUAUUCAGAGAGCAUUGGUGAUCAUCAAGUACGGUCUCCCUACCAGGAGACUUCUCUGUCCCAUCUGACUUAUCCCCCCCCCCCCCCGCUUCAAUCCUGUUACAAGCUGAGAGGCAGAAAACCACUCUAGAAUUGUGUGGGAGGGAGGAGAGCCACCUUGCGAAAUCAGUUCAUCACCAACCUUGGUGAGGGCUACCCUGGCUACUGAACCCCAACCCUCCAAUCACCCACAGCGCCACCUUCAGGUGGGCUGCAUCCCUACCUUGUAGCUGCUGCAAAUAGCUAAUUCCGAGUUAAGGCUUAUAAGUAGCAGAGGUAACACAGAUCAUAGAUCACUGAAGUCAAUGGCGCUAUCCCUGCAGAGACACCUGCUAACCAGAAAAGGCAAUUGUCAGCACAGAUUCUGGUUAGCAUAUGCAUAUCAUAAAUAUUGAACAGAUAAGUAAAUGUUUGGUCCCGUUUUAAAACAUGAACAUUAGGAGAUUCCAGUACACCUGCUGUGCUUCUCCAAAUCAGACAAACGUCCUCGUUUAACACACUACUUCAUUUCUGUGUUUGCUUCCCGUUUUCUCUUCUUCCUCUGCACAAGGAGUGUGGGGGGUUUGAACAAAACACAGCCAAUCUUCUACUUCAUUUUGUUAAUUAAUCAAUCAAAUAGCUUAUUCAUGCCCAGCACAAUUAGGCAAAGGGAAUAUUCCGUGCACACAAUGUAAUCAGCAAAUGAGCUUGCCUCCUUCUUUCAAACUUCUCUCUUGACCGCCAGUCCCAUUUAAAAUGCUGUCACUUAGCCAACUGGACACUUUUCUGCUUCCAUGUAGAUGGGGGGGGGGGGGGUGGCCAGCUAGAAACGACAGUGAUAAGAGUGCCAGGGUGAGCUUGGCUUCAAGUCAGCUGUUCCUAAGAGGUGUCUUAAGCGGAGAAAUGAGUUGCUGUAAGGGCUUUGUGCAGAUUAGCAGGUAGUCUUAAAAAUGUACUGUCCAGCCCAGCUCGCCCUGGGCUCCCUUCUGAAAUCUAUUCAUUUCAUUCACUCUCUGCUUUGUGGAAGAGUUUGUCGUGGAGGCUCCCUGGCUGUGUGUAGUAGCACACACAAGCACAAUAGGGUCAGAAUUAACUUUCUUUACAAGAGACUGUACAAAGGGUACAGAACAUAGCCUGGGGUGGCGGUUUGCACAGCCCCCUUGCUCAAGACCCUUGCAGCCGGGAGUACCUGCCAAAGCGUCUGGCCCGAGCACCUGGCGGGAGCACCGCAGGAGGGCCCCGGCUCAGCAGCCAAUGGGAGAUGGUGGCCUCGUGGGCGGGGCGGGGCGGCGCGGAAGCAGCGAGCUUGAACUUGAGAUGGAAGUGCUGCCGCUGCCGCUGCUGCCUCCGCUGCUUGCUAGCUUCUGCCGCUGGCUUAAAGCAAGUGCUCCGCUGGCUUGGCUAGGGUACCAGGUCUUUGCCCUAGAGCCUCGGACAGUGCCUCCGCCCUGCCCCGGUAACUGGUAGACCGACCGAGAACUCAAGGGACUUUGCUUAUGUGGCAAGAGACAAAGACACGAGAAUUCUGAAAUGCCAUGUGUUUCGAUGUGACACACCAGCAAAAGCCAUUGCCACAAGUCUCCACGAAAUCUGUUCCAAGAUUAUGGCUGAACGGAAGAAUGCCAAAGCCCUGGCCUGCAGCUCCUUACAGGAGAGGACCAAUAUGAGUCUCGAUGUCCCUUUGCAAGUAGAUUUUCCAACACCAAAGACGGAGCUGGUGCAGAAGUUCCACGUGCAGUACCUGGGCAUGUUACCUGUAGACCGACCUGUCGGCAUGGACACCCUGAACAGUGCCAUAGAGAAUCUUAUGACGUCAUCCAGCAAGGAGGACUGGCCUUCGGUGAACAUGAACGUGGCCGAUGCCACUGUGACAGUCAUCAAUGAAAAGAAUGAAGAGGAGAUCUUGGUGGAAUGUCGGGUGCGCUUUCUGUCCUUCAUGGGCGUCGGGAAGGACGUCCAUACGUUUGCCUUCAUCAUGGACACUGGGAACCAGCGCUUUGAGUGCCACGUGUUCUGGUGUGAGCCUAAUGCAGCCAAUGUGUCGGAAGCUGUCCAGGCUGCCUGCAUGCUGCGAUAUCAGAAGUGCUUGGUAGCCAGGCCACCUUCACAGAAAGUCCGCCCCCCACCCCCGCCAGCCGAUUCAGUGACCCGGAGAGUCACAACCAAUGUGAAGCGAGGGGUCUUAUCUCUCAUUGACACUUUGAAACAGAAGCGGCCUGUCACAGAGACACCCUAGCAGCCCGGGACGCGGGGAGUCUGUCACUGUUUCCUGAGGAUCGAGUAGCUACACUAAAGAAGCCCACGCCUGGCCUUCCACUCAGUUGCUGAUGCUUUGUCUCCAGAGAAUUUAUCUUUAACCAGACAGUGUUAGACAAGCAUGUGACCUCGUCUUGCCGCCAUCAUGUGAUAUGAAAAGAAGCAUGAUUUUUUUUCCUGUAAGUUACAUCAUGAGCAGUGGAAGGUUUUCUUCUCGUUGUAAAUAUUGUGAACAGGACUUCCAGCGCACACACCGAAGAAUGCGGCCACACCCUUCCUAGACAACUAACACGUGUCCUUGGAUGAACGGUGCCCAAGUUUGUUUUGCUGUCCUCUUGACUGGAUCUGUCACAAGCCAGCUUGGGGUCCCUCGGCACUUUGCCCCGAUUUCAGCUUUUAAGACAUUUGGAUCCUGAGUAACAGAUACCAUUGAAUUGCUGUAAAAGUAGGGUGAUGAGCUCGGGUUUCAGUCUUUCCUAACAGCGAGCCUGUUGGACAAAACUCGCAGCUGGCGUUGGUACAGACACCAGCCACCCGUUUUCCUCGGCGAGCUCUCUGACGCGUGGACACCGGCUCACGUCUACAGCUGUUUGGGGUGCUGGGCAAAGGAGAACUUUAAAAUUGAUAGAAAACUAAAAUUGAGGAAUUAAAAUCAAGCAAAAAAAAAUAGCCUUUCUUUUCAGAUGGUUCUUUUCAGGUGGUUUUCAGACUGGUUAUUUUAAAAAAAGAGAUUAACAGAGUCACGAUGCAUUCGGGAUGGAACGUAUUUCAAACUUCUGCCUUACAUUGUACAAUGCAGCUAGAGAAUUAAAGUGUACUAUGCCAUUCUCUCUACCCACACCUGAAAAGUGAAAUAUUCCUACAGUUUCCACCCCUAGUUUGAUACCGAGCUAAUAUGCAAUUUAGAGCUGAGGAAAUGUUCUUUAUGUCUCUGUCGCACACUAGAUUAUUUUCCACCUGCACUGCGUGGUUCUUGUUAGUUCUCUUCCUGGAGACAAGUGUGUGCUCCUGGAAUCCCCUCGCUGCCCCAACCUCCCUCUGUGCUCCUAUGUCCAGGAAGCUGUCUGUCCAUCAUAUACUGUCCAUGGCAACGAGUUUUAAGUUGUCAUUCUCCUGAAUUUACGUGUUUAAUGUUAGAAAUGUGUUAAGACCUGACUAGAAGAUGUGUUUUUAAACUUCUGUUUUCCCAUUUUACUUUCAAAGAUUUAAUUUUUUUUCCUAUCAGAGCAAAAUAUACUCAGAAAUGAUGGGUUUCCUGACAGUGUCUCCCAUGUAUCAGUUUCCUGCCUCUUUUUUAUGUAGCUAAGGAACCUAACCGUAAGCACAUACAACUUUAGACUCUCUUGGCCUUGUUGUUUAAAAGGUCAUCUUACUUGUGUUGUUUAUGUUUAAUGUCAGAACCAAUAUCCAGUUAUAAAAUAGUGCUUUUUUUUUUAACCUUGCUCUGUACCUGUCAGAACAGUCUGCACGGUGUGAUCACGUUUGAGCCUUACAUGGUAGGAAAGGCACUAAACAAACUGAAGGAAUGAGAACACAGGGCACCAAAAGCUAAAGAAGUGGCUUAGGAUGCCACCGAAGUCCAUGAGAGCCGGGAUCACGACCCACAUCUCGAAACUUUUACCACAUUUUAUCUCCUCCCUGCAAUCAGGAGGACCCUUCACAAAUGGCUCUGGGGCCAUGCAGAGAACAGAAGUACAGUCAGGCGACCUCAGAGUUCCCGAGUGAAUUAGGAAAGUGUCCACUUUAUCUACCCAGCGGCACUUACUGUAAGACCAUUGUCUUUUCUCGGUCCAGGACUGUGUUCCUCAAAUGUGUCACAGAGGAAGAAUAUCUGUCCUCAGCAGCCUGGUCCCAUCUCAGACUUCCCCGAGAUCAUUACCUGUGGUAGGAACAUUCCCACCUGUGGCCCUCACCAGUGCAGAUUGUGGUGGGGUGACAGGCGGUGGGAGGUGGAGAAGCUGGAUUGUCCACCGGCGUCCUGACUUUACAGGAAAAGCAAUGUUGCUUGAGAAGGGGUUAUGCUUGGUGCCGGCUUGCACGCUAGCUGAAGUAACGGGUGCCAUCUGAGACUUUCUGCAUACCGGAAACCUUACUGUGCCAGAGAAAAACCGUUUAGAAUCCGUCCUCGUGGUCUCUUACUUUGAUCUGUUUCUUCUCCACAGCAGAAGGUUUUAGAGCACGCAGCUUCAAAACUCUGAAGAGUCCACGUUUCUAUAGGCGGUCUCACCCAAACCCCUUUGGUUUUUUUUUUUAAGACAUGUCUGUUUGUUUUCAGGAUCAAGAAGACUGAGCUAGCUUUAAAGAGCAAACCGAUUUAUAUAUGCAAUUUUAAGAUGCAGUUAAGAUGAAUGAUAGCCUUUUGCAAGUGAAAUGCUUUUACUGCACAUUUUCUGUUUUGGGAAUAGCUUUGUGUUCUAAGUGCAGGUUGAUUUUUUUUUUUUGUAAAAUUAUGUUAAACAAUAUGUUCAGAUCCUUUCUGCCAUGGCCAAAAAAGUAUGUAUGGAAGUGUGUUUGUAUCCGUCUGUGAGAGGAGGCCGAUGUUUUACCUGAGGUCUUUGUGAUACUUCGGUUAUCUAUGCAUUCUUUCUCUGUGAUUCGGUAAACAGGCGGCCAUGUUCACGAUGCCUUGUGUGUCUUAUCUUUUUCUUUUUUUAAAUUAACCUGUUAAAUACAGCUUGAAAUAUUUUUAUUUUAUUUAUUCUGUUUUUACUGAAAUAUACUGCAUUCCUGUGUUACUGUACUAUCUUUGCUGGGUAUGAUGUCUGUGUAUCCAGGUCUCACUUAAGUAACCCAGUGAACUCUACGUCAUCUAGAAAGUGGUUCUGUAACGAUUGGCAGUCACAUGGUUCUGUAACAGUUGGCAGUCACAUCUCUGUUGGAAUAUGUAGGAAAGAAGUUAACCCUUAAAGUUCUUUUUAUUUUUUACAAGCAGCUAGACAGAUGUGCCCUCACCACCUUAUCCGCAUGCUCCUUGGAAGCGUUGAGGGGGCAGCCGACAUGCCGUCUGGCGGAGAACUUUACUUUGUAGACAAAGGCACUGUGGGGCAUCAUUUUUAUACCCUUCUCAACACGCGUGAUUUCAUCCAAAAUACACACACAGAGCCACACGCCUUUGUUUCCACCUGGAUUUAAGGCCACCCCUAGCCAAUUAGAGCCACUGUUUUGUCUGUCUGUCUGUCCUACUGCAUGAAGGGACAUUAGACCCAUUUCCAUUAAAGCAAAUUCUUGGUGAUAACUGUUGGCAGUGCUACUUUUAUUGUUUUAAUCCACAUUAGGGGUUUAAGAAGGACACAUAACAAACUAUUCAAACUGGACCUCUUAACUUGUAGCCCCAAACUCCCCUUAAUGUGUGGUAUAUUCAAUUUGUGAGCAUUUCAACACAAGACUUCAGAAGCCACAUGUCUCCCUGACAUUAGCACAAUUUAAUGAAACUGAAAGCUCUCUAGUCGGCCCGGUUUAACCUAAUAUCUGACGUGUUUAUAGCCAGUAAGAGAGUAAUUGAGCUUGUUUCGGCAUACUGGUGGUAUGGCCCAGUGGUAUAGCUCUUACACCACCUGUGCAGGGAUCGGAGUUUAGCCCCUGGAGAGGACAGGAGGAGAGGUUGGCACUUCAAGGCUGUGAAGACAUCUCCAGGCGGCCACAUCGGCCGCUUCCUCCUGAGAGGACAUCUCAUUUCUUUGCGUUGCCGUUUGCUGUGGACCACGUUUACACGUUUACAUGUAAAAUGUCGUGGGAAUAAAUGUAGCUGCAUAAAAGCAUUCUCGUUGAUCUGAUAGCCAGGCCACAUAUAUAAGAAACACAUACAAAUUUAGUGUCUCUUCGGUAAUUUUAUUUUUUGUAUUCUUACUUCAAAUUAAACUUUUUUUUUAAAAAUCACUUUAGUAAUGUAAGGUUCUGCUUUCAUUAGAGUUUAUGGUCUCCCAUUUGUUAAAAAUUAGGAUGUAGUUAUUUUUAUACUUUAUGUCAGUAAAGUGAGGUGGCAUUCUGAACACAGAAACCCGUCUUAUCGGCAGCUGGAAUUUUUUGCUAAGCAACUUUUAGGGUUAAGGUAUUUCAACACACACACAUGCAUGCACACACACAAAGUCUGCCUUUCAUUCUUAGAAGACUGAGGAGCAGAGAUGGGAGCCCUUAAAUCCAAAAUGAAAGUCAAUCACUAGACGGUCAAUUGGGUCUGUUUUAACUCUGACAUUCAGGGGACAAAUAAUUAAAAAUGUGUACCCAAGUUUUGUUCAUUUGCUGUGUUGUGUUGUCUGGUCUUUGAGAUGGGUCUCAUAAUAUAACCCAGAUUGGCCUUGAACUGAUGGCAAUCCUCCUGCCCCAGCCUCCUGGGAUUAUAAUGUGUGCCCCCCACCCCCCACCUUCUCUUACGCUAUUAAAGACAACUCUCAAUGGACAACA